AUGUUGCGACCAUUGCCACUCAAAUCAGCGACCAUUGCUACCCAAAUCAGCGACCAUUGCCACCCAAAGCAGCGACCAUUGCCACCCAAAUCAGCGACCAUUGCCACCCAAAUCAGCUACCAUUGCCACCCAAGUCAGCGACCAUUGCCACCCAAAUCAGCGACCAUUGCCACCCAAAUCAGCGACCAUUGCCCCCAAAUCAGCGACCAUUGUCACCCAAAUCAGCUACCAUUGCCACCUAAAUCAGCGACCAUUGCCACCCAAAUCAGCUACCAUUGCCACCCAAAUCAGCUACCAUUGCCACCCAAAUCAGCGACCAUUGCCACCCAAAUUAGCUACCAUUGCCACCCAAAUCAGCGACCAUUUCCAACCAAAUCAGCAACCAUUGCCACCCAAAUCAGUGACCAUUGCCACCCAAAUCAGCGACCAUUGCCACCCAAAUCAGCGACCAUUGCCACCCAAAUCAGCGACCAUUGCCACCCAAAUCAGCUACCAUUGCCACCCAAAUCAGCGACCAUUGCCACCCAAAUCAGCGACCAUUGCCACCCAAAUCAGCCACCAUUGCCACCCAAAUCAGCGACCAUUGCCACCCAAAUCAGCGACCAUUGCCACUCAAAUCAGCGACCAUUGCUACCCAAAUCAGCGACCAUUGCCACCCAAAGCAGCGACCAUUGCCACCCAAAUCAGCGAACAUUGCCACCCAAAUCAGCGACCAUUUCCACCCAAAUCAGCGACCAUUGCCACCCAAAUCAGCUACCAUUGCCACCCAAGUCAGCGACCAUUGCCACCCAAAUCAGCGAUAAUUGCCACCCAAAUCAGCGACCAUUGCCACCCAAAUCAGCGACCAUUGCCAACCAAAUCAGCUACCAUUGCCACCCAAAUCAGCGACCAUUGCCACCCAAAUCAGCGACCAUUGCCACCCAAAUCAACUACCAUUGCCACCCAAAUCAGCGACCAUUGCCACCCAAAUCAGCGACCAUUGCCACCCAAAUCAGCUACCAUUGCCACCCAAAUCAGCGACCAUUGCCACCCAAAUCAACUACCAUUGCCACCCAAAUCAGCGACCAUUGCCACCCAAAUCAGCGACCAUUGCCACCCAAAUCAGCGACCAUUGUCACACCCAAAUCAACUACCAUUGCCACCCAAAUCAGCGACCAUUGCCACCCAAAUCAGCGACCAUUGCCACCCAAAUCAGCUACCAUUGCCACCCAAAUCAGCGACCAUUGCCACCCAAAUCAGCGACCAUUGCCACCCAAAUCAGCGACCAUUGCCACCCAAAUCUGCGACCAUUGCCACCCAAAUCAGCGACCAUUGCCACCCAAAUCAGCGACCAUUGCCACCCAAAUCAGCGACCAUUGCCACCCAAAUCAGCGACCAUUGCCACCCAAAUCAGCGACCAUUGCCACCCAAAUCAGCGACCAUUGCCACCCAAAUCAGCUACCAUUGCCACCCAAAUCAGCGACCAUUGCCACCCAAAUCAGCGACCAUUGCCACCCAAAUCAGCAACCAUUGCCACCCAAAUCAGCGACCAUUGCCACCCAAAUCAGCGACCAUUGUCACAACCAAAUCAUCUACCAUUGCCACCCAAAUCAGCGACCAUUGCCACCCAAAUCAGCUACCAUUGCCACCCAAAUCAGCUACCAUUGCCACCCAAAUCAGCGACCAUUGCCACCCAAAUCAGCGACCAUUGCCACCCAAAUCAGCGACCAUUGCCAUCCAAAUCAGCGACCAUUGCCACCCAAAUCAGCUACCAUUGCCACCCAAAUCAGCGACCAUUGCCACCCAAAUCAGCGACCAUUGCCACCCAAAUCAGCGACCAUUGCCACCCAAAUCAACUACCAUUGCCACCCAAAUCAGCGACCAUUGCCACCCAAAUGA